AUGAUGGUGUUGAGAAUUAAUAAAAAAAAAAGAGUGAUUUAUUUUUCCCUCACAGAGAGUCCUAAACCUGUGGUGAUUAUAAAUCCUGAUACACAGGUGUUCAGAGGAGAGACAGUGACUUUCAGGUGUGACAUACAGACAGGAGAAGACACUGGGUGGACAUACAACUGGUAUAAAGACGGUAACAUCCCAUACAGCACAGCACAAGCGUUUACAGCCGAAAAUCAUUCAAGUGGUAAAUACACCUGCAGAGGGAGAAGAAGAGACUCUCAGCUCUCACAGAUCAGUGAUUCUGGGACACUCUCUGUUUUAGAAAAACCUAAACCUGAACUCGCAUCCAGCCGUAAAGGAGAAACACUGACAGGAAACCCAGUGACUCUGACCUGUACACUGAAUCUGCCGUCUGCUGACUGGAAGUUUUACUGGAACAAAGACACACAGAGCACUGAGACUAGAACAUUUAACUACACCAUCACACCAGUUAGAGUCUCUGAUGGAGGUCGAUAUGAGUGCAGAGCUGGAAGAGGAAACCCAGUCUACUACACACACUACAGUGAUGCACUCUGGGUAAAUGUUAUUGUUGAAUCUCCUCCAGUGUCUCUGAUCAUCAGUCCCAGCAGAACUCAACACUUUACUGCUGACUCUCUCUCACUGAUCUGUGAGGACCAGAGAGACUCUACUGGAUGGACAGUGAGAGGACAAACGCACAGUGAGACACUGUACAAUUGUUCAUCAGUUUCAGGAUCUACAUGUAACAUCAGCUCCCUCUCUACAUCACACACUGGAGUUUACUGGUGUCAGUCUGAAUCUGGAGGACGCAGUAAUUCUCUAAGCAUCACAGUUUACAAUGGUGAUGUGAUCCUGGAGAGUCCUGUCCAUCCUGUAACUGAGGGAAAUCCUCUGACUUUACGCUGUUUAUAUCGCAACACAAACAUCUCAGACUCUGGUGCUGAUUUCUAUAAAGAUGAUUCAGUUCUCCAAAAGCAGACUACAGGAGAGAUAACUAUCAGUAGUGUCUCAAAGUCAGAUGAAGGUUUCUACCACUGUACACACCCAGAGAGAGGAGAGUCACCGAAAAGCUGGGUUUCAGUCAGAGCUUCUGGAUUUCCUGUUGUAAUUGUAGCACUGAGUUCGACCUUCGCACUGUUUUUCUUAAUGAUUUUACUGAUCGUGCUGGUGCGCUCCAAGAAGAAAAAAGAAGGUGUAGAAUAUCAGACUCCUUCUGCAGUAAUUCUGGACACCAGUCAGCCUGCAGAUGGUGAGAAUGUCUAUGAAAAUACUAAUUCUAAGACCACAGGAAAGAGCAGUAAGGGAGAUGAGACUGUGUACUCAGAACUGAAGCAGGACACAAAUAAAGAUGCUGCUUCUGUACCAAGUGAUGUGACUUGUGUUAAACCUGAACUCAUAGACCUAAAGGAUCCAAAGGAAAAUCCAGAUGCUGUCCCUGGACCUCCUCCUUUACCAAAUGAUGUGACUUGUGUUAAACCAGAACUGAUAAAGCUUAAGGAGCUGAAGGAAAAUCCAGAUGCUGCCCCUGGACCAAGUGAUGUGACGUGUGCUAAACCUGAAGUGAUGAAGAAAGGUAUAAAUCCUCAAGCUUUCUACAAAAGUUUGCUGGAAUUUUGGCCCACUCCUCUUGACAGAACUGGUGCAACUGGGUCAGGUUUGUAG